UUUUGCAUUUCUCGUCCCCUUCAUUACGGCAUUUGUUUUCAGAAUGCUGAACCAGCCUUACAAUCAUUCUCAGUACCCGCAGAACAACCAGUUGUUGAGCUGGUAGUGCUGGUAACAUUUGCGAAAAUAGGCCAGUUUUAUACUCAUGGUGCUCUUGGUCGUUUUAACCUUAUUUUACUAACCCUAGUUUUGUUUUAUGCCUUGGGUAUGGACCACCAUCGACGCAUAACUCUACAUGAUAAACGGCGGGUUGUAAUCCAAAGAGAUUAUUCUUCUGGUCUAGAUAUUAAAUUCAGCUCCUACUAUCCUACCGACUUGAGUUCCAAGGCAAGUUUCAUAAAUUGUUGUUACUGUAUUCGCAGUUAUGGAAGCGUUGAAAUCGACGAGGACACGUGGAACAAAUUCAUAUGUGAACUCAAUUACCGGUAUGAGAUUGCUGAAAAAGUUUCGUCAGCAACUGUUAUGGAAACCAUAUUUGGUUGUCUUAGUUGUUAUUUGAUAAAACUUUGUAAACAACCUUCCUUCUAUAAGCAAUUAGACGAAAUAGCUGAAUUUAUCGAAUAUUGCAAUCGUGAUAUACUUAUUCCACGAGGACUAUACGCGAAAAAUCCCAUUGAAAAAGGAUUUCGUGUCCUGGAGAUCUACUUGAUAUACGAGCCAUAUGAUUCUAAGAUGGAGGUCUGUCACGAUGUUACGAAACCGCCGAAAUUAGUACCUAGAUUGUGA